AUGAGUACGCAGGGGAAUCUCGCUUUAGCCGCAGCGGUGUUGCUGCUGCUUCUUGCUGCAGCUCUGACCCCAGCAUCAGCAACAGAGCCAGGAGGCGCCACAGCAGCAGCAGGAGGCAGCACUGCUGCUGCUGCUGCUGCUGCUAGGGAGCUUGAGCUUGCUGCUGCAGAUGAAGUAUAUAACUUCCCGCUGCGCCGCUUGGCCUUUGGCUCUUGCUUCAAACAGAAGCAAAGCUGGGAGACCGCAGCAGAAGCAGCAGCAGCUGCUGCCGGUGCUGCUGCUCCUGCUGCUGCUGUUGCUGCUGCUGCUCGGCGUGAGAAGGUGUUUGAAACAGUCGCGGCUAAGAAGCCAGACGGGUGGAUCUGGAUCGGCGACGCAGGAUAUGCAGGGAUGAAUGACGGAGGAAAGAAUCAAAAGGACAAAGACAAAUUGCUGCAGCAGUUUUUAGGGUUUUUAAAUGUGAAGGCGGAGAGCCCGAGAAGACAGAGACGGGGGCUGUACUCAGCACACCUCUUCCCCUGGCCGCAGCAGCAGCAGCAGCAGCAGCAGCAGCAACAGGCAGAGCAGCAGCAGCAGCAGCAGCAGACAGAGCAGCAGCUGGAGCAGCAGGAGGGUGUUCGUUUGCUGCUGCUGGACACGCGCAUGCAUCGAGACUUGCAUGCAUUACCAAGCCCCGCGAUGUAUUUCUUACAUUCUCCUCUCUCUCCUCUUUUGUCUCUGGCCGGUGCAGCCAGUCGCUUCUUAGUGCACCUCCUCGGGGUGGGGUAUGAAUACGAAGCAGAUGUUUUAGGAGAAGAGCAGUGGGAGUGGCUCGAGGCGCAGCUGAAGCACUCGCGGGCUCAGGCGCAUAUUGUUGUUUCUUCUAUUCAGGAUGGAGUGAUAGAGCUAACUAGCAGCGGCCUGACGCAUAGUGUGGGGGAUUCGCUGCUGGGGCGGCUGGUGCUGCUGCCGCUGCUGCAGUGGAUAUACACCUCAAGACUGCAGCCUGAAGCCUUCUCUCUUCGACGAAACUUCGGCCUCGUAGACUUUAAAUACCCAGACACCCCAGGGGCUGGCCUAGAAGCCACCUUGUCUUCUAUUGACGUGGAGUCGGGGGAAGUGCUGCUGCAGCAGCAAAUUAAUCUCACUGAAGCAGACAAAGGAGACAGGUGGCGUUUGCUGCUGGAGACAGUCCCUCACGUAGUGAAGCCGCCGAACUUGCUGCAGCGGCUGUUGCAGCUGCUGCUGUUGCUGCUGCUGCUGUUGCUCCUGCUCUUGCCUCUCUCUCCUCUACUCCCCAGAACAAAAGAGCUGCUGCAGCGUCUCUCUAAAGGCAUGCAGCGGCGACGAGCCUAUCAGCCUGUGGUGUCUCACGAGACACCAGACAGCAGCAACAGCAACAGCAACAGCAACAGCAACAGCAACAGCAAUAGCAACAGCAGCAGCAGCGUGGCUCGAGGGAGGCGCAGCAGAAGCAGCAGCCCGGUGUUGCUUAACCAAUCUUAA